AUGAGCGACAAGGAAAUCAAAGAAGGAGAUCAGGUCUCGUGGCAAUGGUCUGGAAGCCGUCCCGGCGGCAAAGUGUCAGAGAUUGCCAAGGAGGGCGAGCUCUCAAUCGAGACCAAGAAUGGCAAUGAGGUCAAGAAGAAUGCCGACCCCGAGGACCCCGCUGUCAAGAUUUCCCGCUCUGGCAACGAUGUCGUCAAGCGUGCCCAUGAGCUCGACGUCGAGGAGGAGGGUGACAAGCACAAGGAAGACCAGGGAGAGGAGAAGACGGUGACCAAGGAUGAAAAGAAGGAUGACAAGAAGAAAGACGACGAGGAGAAGGAAGAGGCAGAUGGCGAGAAGAAGGAGAAGACGGAGAAGAAGGCGGCAAACAAGAAGGGUGGAGCGAAGAAGGACGACAGCUCUGCAAAGACUGGGUCGAAGCGCUCAGCCAAGGAAGACAAGGAGCAAGAAGAGUCCGAGCCGAGCAAGAAGCAGCAGAAGAAGACGGAGGAUGGCGGAGAGGAGAAUGGCGACAAGAAGAAGCGCGGACGACCAGCCAAGAAUGGCAAUGAGAGCUCCUCAGCCAAGCCCAAGAAGGAGGCAAAGAAGGCGGCCACCGAGUCGGGAGAGCCCAGACGCUCGAGCAGACUCAACUCGACCUAG